CCAUUUCCCCCCACGGGGAAGGAUCCUGCAGCACUCGCUGCAAGCCAGAGACUGCUGGCUGCAGCAAAGAGACCUGAGAGCUAGAGGUGGCUCCUCCCGACCAGAAGCCCAGAGAAAAGGGUAGAGGGGCACGGAGAGACCCUGACGCCAAUGACUGCAGCAGAGGGGCUGGAGGUGCCGAUGCAUCACCUGGCGCCAGACCAGGUGGGACCGUUGAGGGCAUCAGGGAAGCCGAAGAGGUGCACCAAAUGGGAGACAGGAGGCCAGGGCAGUACGAGAGGCUGCGAAGCACGGACCUCGGCAGCGUUUCGCCGAUCCUGUGGGUAACAGGAGGACAGGUGUCUACUGAAGGACCACAGGGGGCCCAAAGAUAUAGAAGGCUGGGCGACGAGGGAGAGGAAUUGUGGUGGAGACCACAGGAUAUCACGGACAUAUACAGGGCCUAGCAUUGUCCCAUAGGGUCAGGGGCGGGUUGGUAGUGACUCGGUCAAGGGGGCCUGGCGGGGGGAUGGUUGGAUCCUUUAGAGUGUGUCAGUGAGUUUUUUUGUAUUUUGUGUUUCCCACUUUUGGAGGGGUUGAGCAUCAGGGCUCGUGGAGCCUGAUUGUUAUGAAGGCCUCAGGGUCAGUGUUAGCUUUAAGGAAAGGCAGCGGCCUUGUGGCCUGGGGAGGAUACCACAGACUGCCAAUGCUUUCAGCAGGGAGACUCACCCCUCCCACGAAAGUAAUCAGGGGCUCAACGCUCAGGAAUCUGGCCAUGAGGAUAGCAAUGACCCACCAAGGCUGGGUGUAAGAGCGAGGUAGAGGGGAGGUGGAGCUUCUGUGAGGCUGCCAGAUAGACGUUCUGCCAUCGAGGGACUCCGAGUGGUUUGACCCUCCACUGAAAUAAGAUUCAAAGUCGUGGCGGGUGAGACUGGGGAAGACCACACUGGAAAUGAACACCUACUCGAUGGACUACCAUGGACGGUAAGGCGGACACCAUCGAACAUUCGGACCAAAGCUGCACGUGACUGGAUGUUCGAGGCCAGGCGGGCACACAUAUGUAUAUAUUAUAUACACGACCUCGCUGUGAGUAUUUCCCAAAAGGAAGGAAAGACCGAGAGGCAAGCACAUGAAGUGGGAAGGGGUAACAGCCUUUUAGCAGCCUGUGAUUCUCCUCCCUACUACAUUCUGGCUCAUGUAACCCAUCCCAGAGUCACCAGUGAAGAUUCGGGAGCUUCUCCCAGACAAGAGAGGGCUGCCAGCUCAGCUCAAAGGGCAGCAUUCAUGUCCCACAGUCCCCACAACUGCAUCUGAGACCUCCAGUACCCACCCCCGUCGGUUCCCACAAUGAAGGCUCCUGUCGCCCUUCUCCUCCUCCUCCUCCUCUUCCUUGCUGUCCUCCUGGUUGCAGGGUCCAGCAUGUGGUGUGAAGUUUGCAGCAGCCUGGGCACCAACUGUACAGGCCCGAUUCAGAAGUGCAGUGUGGGCAACAACACCUGUGCCACCAUCCUGACUGAGAUUGCCUGGGGUGGAAACCAGACUCGGGGCAUCUCAAAGGGCUGCAUGCCCACAGCAGCCUGUGGCUUGGGACACUUUGUGACCCAUUUCCAAGGCCGGGUCAUCAACAACAGUGUCUCCUGUUGCACUGGAGCCACCUGCAAAAUGGCCCUUGGGAAUUUGUCCCUUGAGAAUGACACCCAGAAUAACUUCCAGUGCCCUGCCUGUUCUUCAUCCUCCCCUGACUGCCUUGACCGUUCCAUCAAGUGUGUCAGGAAUGAGAACCAAUGCCUGGAGAUGAAACAGGAGGAAAUAAGUGAAAACCCACCAAUCAACACGACCAUCUGGGCCUGUGUGACUGAAGCCACCUGUGUUGACUUGCAAGUGAGCCCAACGAUUUUUGGAGGACGUGGUAAAUACAGAACUGUAACCAAAUGUAUCCCAGCCAGCAGUGUGGGCAGCAUGGGACCACUGAGCCUUCUGCUCCCAGCCCUCACUGGGUUGCUCCUGGCAAAGCUCCUCUCCUGAACCUCACCCCAGGGAACCUUGACACCACACUGAGCCCUGCUUUGUGGAUGGCCUUCCCUGUCCAGUGCUCUCAGGCUCCACAUGGGUUUGCUUCCACCUUCAUUUGUUCCAGGAAAUAAAACAAAUUAUGAGAGAACUCUUCUGGGAUGAUUGGUUUCUGUUUGGGUGUAGAAGGGACCGUAUUUUCAUGGGGAGAUGUUAGUUCUGGUAGGUGGCGCCAGCUUCAUGACUUGGAGCCCUGCAGUGGUGGCAUUUGGCAGCACUGUGUGGGAGCUCCAGAGCUCAGGAGACUCCCAGGGUUUGGAGGGGGGGGGCUAUGUCCAUGGUCAUUAGUCCAUGUGUGGGGCCAGGACAGCCACUCAGGGUCCCCCAUCUUCCACCCCAGGUAUGAGGGCUGCAGGAAGCAUAUCCCACCCCUGUCUUCCUCCCACCUUGCUCACAUGGAGGGUCUAGCAUAGUAGAGAAUGUGGAACUGGGAACCAGGAUUCCUUGGUUCUCUCCCUGGCUUGAGGAGCAUUUGGCGUCCUGUUUGGUUCUCCCCAUCCCAUCCACCCCAAUCUGCCAGGAUUCCCUCACCUCCCUGCCUCCACUGCUCAGAUGCUUGUGGUCCUGUUGGAGGUUGGUGCCCAGCUGAUCCC